AUGGAGGCAGCCCGCGGGCACGACAGAUACCACUUGCCGCUUGCCUCCUGUUAUGCCAGCCCGGAGAUGUGCUUCUUGUUUAGUAACAGGUACAAAUUUCAGACCUGGCGGCUGCUCUGGUUGUGGCUGGCGGAGGCCGAGCAGACACUGGGUUUGCCUAACACAGAUGAACAAAUCCAGGAGGAGCUGCCUUUCACGGCCACAGAGAACAUCAUUAUGGCCAUGGUGAAAGCCUGGGGGAACCACCGGGCUUGCCAUGAGAAAAUCAGAGUGCUCACGCAGCAGGCAGCUGCCCUGGUCAAGCAGGAAGGAGGUGACAAUGACGUCGUCGAGAGCAUCCAGGCUGAUGCCUACUUCAGUCCAGCCCACUCCCAAUUGGACUGUUUACCAGAUCCUUCUUUCACCAGCCGUACAUCCCGGCAGGUCUCGGGGCAGCUCCUGGCCAGCUCCCAGUGGGGAGGGGGAGGCCAGAGCCUCAGGCAGUGGGGCGAUGAACCUGGUGCUGAGAGAGGAGGGAGGGGCGCACAGAGCCCAGACCACAGGCCCCAGGCUGAGCCCAGGCCCGAGAUGACAGCCAGGGAGCCCGGACAGGUGCACAGGCCGGGACAAGACGGCUUCCACGGGCCCCUUGAGAUCGGCCGCCAGCCCGUGACGCUCCAGCCCACGCGAUGGCGCCAAGACCCGACGGGCAGAGAGGCCCCCCGCACUGGGGAGCUGGGCCUGGCCUUUUAUCAUCACAGCCGACGGACUCCCCUGCUCAGCGAGCACGCGGAGGGCUGGGCCGGGGCUGUCCUGAGAGGGGCGAGGCUGUGCCCGGGGAGGAGGGAGGCGCUGUCCAGGGAGCCGCUGCUGCUCCACGCGAGCGCGCGCCCCAGGGAGGGGGCCUGGGUGGGGCCCGAGGGCGGCCACUGCACUGUGGUGCCAGGCGCAGCAACGGGCACACGCCUCUCAGAAAAAGUGGCUUUCAGCGAUGCACCGUGGAACUGGAGUCACGAUACGCCUGAGAACCAGCACGUGCCGAGUGCUCGCCGCCUGGCCCCACGGCAGGAGGCUGGCUCUCCCAGCCCUGUGAGGGCGCGCCUCACCCCUACGCCACCCGCCCUGGAGACGGUCGGCACCACCAGCCUCCAAGCCUUUGGCAAGUGCAGGGGCAGGAGAACGAGCCAGGGCUUCCAAGCAUGGGCUCUGGAGCUGGGCAGCACUGGACGCCAACCCAGCGCCCCAGCUCCUCGAUGCUGCACGUCCUCUCGUGUCCAGGAGCACCAGUGA